GCUGCUGUCGCGGCCGCCCCGGCUCCUGGCUCGACCCUCGCUCCCGGCCCGCCGGCCCCUCAGCGCGCCCGCCCGCGCCCCGACCUCCUUCCCCGCCGCCGCCUCCCGCAGCAGCAUGGACGGCGCCGGGGCCGAGGCGGUGCUGGCACCUCUCAGGCUAGCAGUGCGCCAGCAGGGAGAUCUUGUACGAAGACUGAAAGAAGAUAAAGCACCCCAAGUAGAUGUAGACAAAGCAGUAGCUGAGCUCAAAGCCCGGAAGAGAAUUCUGGAAGCAAAGGAGCUGGCAUUACAGCCCAAAGAUGAUACUGUAGACAGAGCAAAAAUGGAAGAUACCCUGAAGAGGAGGUUUUUCUAUGAUCAAGCUUUUGCUAUUUAUGGAGGUGUUAGUGGUCUGUAUGACUUUGGGCCUGUUGGAUGUGCUUUGAAGAACAAUAUUAUUCAGAUCUGGAGGCAGCACUUUAUCCAGGAGGAACAGAUCCUGGAGAUUGAUUGCACCAUGCUCACCCCUGAGCCAGUUUUAAAGACCUCUGGCCAUGUAGAUAAAUUUGCUGACUUCAUGGUGAAAGAUGUGAAAAAUGGAGAGUGUUUCCGUGCUGACCAUCUGUUAAAAGCUCAUUUACAGAAAUUGAUGUCUGAUAAGAAGUGUUCUGCUGAGAAGAAAUCAGAGAUGGAAAGUGUCUUGGCUCAGCUUGAAAACUAUGGGCAGCAAGAACUUGGGGAUCUUUUUGUGAACUAUAAUGUAAAAUCCCCCAUUACUGGAAAUGAUCUAUCCCCUCCAAUAGCUUUUAACUUAAUGUUUAAGACCGUCAUUGGGCCUGGAGGAAACAUGCCUGGGUAUUUGAGACCAGAAACUGCACAGGGGAUAUUCCUGAAUUUCAAACGACUUUUGGAAUUCAACCAGGGAAAGUUGCCAUUUGCUGCUGCCCAGAUUGGAAAUUCUUUUAGAAAUGAGAUCUCCCCUCGAUCUGGACUGAUCAGAGUCAGAGAAUUCACAAUGGCAGAAAUUGAGCACUUUGUAGAUCCCAGUGAGAAAGACCAUCCCAAGUUCCAGAAUGUGGCAGACCUCCACCUUUAUUUGUAUUCAGCAAAAGCCCAGGUCAGCGGACAGUCUGCUCGGAAAAUGCGCCUGGGAGAUGCUGUUGACCAGGGUAUAAUUAACAACUCAGUAUUAGGCUAUUUCAUCGGCCGAAUCUACCUCUACCUCAUGAAGGUUGGAGUAUCUCCAGAUAAACUCCGCUUCCGACAGCACAUGGAGAACGAGAUGGCCCAUUAUGCCUGUGACUGCUGGGAUGCUGAAUCCAAGACGUCCUAUGUAAGUGAAAUGGAAUGGUUUUUACUAU